AUGUUAUUCUUCAAGCCUUCCUCCACGCUGGCUCUGGCAGGACUGGCCGCCUUCCACUGCUGCAUCAGUCCCGCCUGGACAUGUCCAGAGCCUGGCGAUGAGAUCCCUGCACCACCCGCCACGAAGGGCUACUUCAUCAAUCACCUCUGCAUCAACAUCCGCAACGCGACCGAGAGCAUCGCCUGGUACAAUCGGGCGUUCGGCCUCAGGCUCAUGUUCACGGUGCACGCCUCGGAGCACUUCUCCAUCAGCUACAUGGGCCACUCGCACGGCGGGCGCAACGGCACGGGCUACCAGAGCAGUGACGAGAUGAACCGCGAUAAGAACAACAUCGAGGGCCUGAUCGAAAUCCUCAGCCUCGACUACCCAGGUUGGGACUUGCCCCCGGGCACCCGGGUCCCCAACACUUUCUCGCACAUCGGCAUGGUGGUCCCCAACAUCACGGACACACAGGCCCGGCUGGAAGCCAGGGGAGCCAACAUCAUCAAGGGCGCCGGCGAGACCUUCAAACUCGACGGGGAGUUUGCGGUCACCUCGGGCUUUACUCAGCCCGGAGUCGCCGAUGUCAUUGAUCAAAAAGAGAUUGACGCCCUCACGGCGGUCUUAGUGCAAAUCAACACGCCAUUGAUGUAUGUCGCGGAUCCGGAUGGGACCAUCAUCGAAGUGCAGAGUCAAUAG